AUGGGUAAGACAAAAGGUGAGUUAAUGCAGUUGUCAUGUCUUGAUAUGUCUCAAACUUUUGCCCUGGCCGCCACACGGUUCUUUUUUUUUUUUGCAUUUAAGGUUAGGUUUCACUCGAGAAAGAUACAAAAAAAAAGAGCCGAUCUAUUAUUUCUUUUUCUCUUUUUAUCUAUUCCUUUUACUCUUUUUCUAUGCCCAACAAAAGAAGAACAAGUGGUGCAAGAUCCGCUCCAAAGCUAUUUAAAUGUACUGGCUAUGGUGACUGUGAUAUGGUUUUUACCAGAAGUGAACAUUUAGCUAGACAUGAAAGGAAACACACAGGAGAGAAACCUUAUAAAUGCGUUGUGCCUGGUUGCAAUCGAAUGUUUAGUAGAUUUGAUAAUAUGAUGCAGCAUACACAAACCCAUGAAAAAAACAAGAAACCCGUACCUUCUUCUCUAGUUCAGUCCACAAAGCGUAUGUCUCGAGGAAAUCCUACUCUUCUUAAGCCUGAAGCAAUGCCUGAUCCCUUGGAAGGCUCCUCUAUGGUUAAUAGUCGUACAUUGCCUUUACCAACAAGAAGAGCUUCUAUUUCUACACCUUACAACACAAAUCCUUAUCCUAUUUCAUAUCCCCAUCCCCCUCCUCCUCCACCUCCUUAUGGCUAUCCAUUGUCCCCACAACAACAUGUCUGGCCUUUAAAGCGCAAUCAUUACCCUUCAUAUUAUGAUCAGCACCUUGCUCGUCGUAGAUCAUCAACCUCUACACUAUCAGUUGAGUCCCCUUUGAUCUCACCUGUUUCUUGCUCGUUUCCUCAACCAAAAGAACCUCAAGUCAGGAGAAGAAUUUCUAUUGAUGAUUUGCGUUUACCGAUAGAAGAUUUAAAGGAAAACAAGACUAAACCUGUUUAUGACAAACAGGCUGUUGAUAUUACAUCCGAUGAAUAUGAAGCGUUAGAAGGCUUCAGCAAAUUCCACUCUACUGUGGUUGCACCUACAGGUAAAAGUGCUGAUACACAAGAUUAUCCUCGUACUCACUUUAGUAGAAUUCAUGCCAUCACCAAAAAUGAAGAGUAUAAGCCCAAACUUAGCUUCAGAAGUAUGCGCUAUGCGUCAACGCGUCAUGGGCGUGAAUGAGUCACAUUCAAGAGCCUAACUUGUAAUAAAAUACAUUUUUUUUUUCAAUACAUCGAUUAGACAUGUUAGUGAAAGAGCACAGACCUUCUUUUGACCUCUAUGUCACUCCAUACUGA